GUCAAGAACUUACCUACAGAUUUUGACAUAUUAAAAAAGCUUUCCCAGCAAACGUUAAAAAUUCCGGAAACGUUGCAGAUAGGACGUUCUUUGCUGUUAUAUUCUCUUUUCCCCCAACUGCUGGAUUCAGAGACUAUGCAGAAGAUUAAGAAACCAAUAGAACAUACUAAAUUUGAUCAUUUGAAUGAUUCAAAGACUAUGAAGAAUGUUAAGACGCAAACGGAACGUCCUAAAUCUGACGCCUCGAAGGAUUCAAAGACGAAGGAGAAUGUUAAGACGCCAACAGAACGUCCGAAAUCUGACGUCUUGAAGAAUUCAAAGACGAAAGAGAAUGUUAAGACGCCAACAGAACGUCCUAAAUCUGACGUCUUGAAGGUUUCAGUGACUACGCAGAAUGUUAACAAGUCAACAGAACGUCCUAAAUCUGACGUCUUGAAGGAUUCAAAGACUAAGGAGAAUGUUAAGAAGCCAAAAGAUCAUCCUAAAUCUGACAUUUUAAAGGUUGGUCGUUUUUCAGUUUCUCUUCCUUAAUUUUGUAUAUCAUUC